UCUCGAAGUGGAAUAUUUUUGUGGAGUUAUUUUGAAUUGCGUUGUUUCGUAAGUAGCAUUAUUGUCCGAAAAGAGUGUUGUCCGAAACGAGUAUUGCCUUCCAGUGAUUGAUUUAGUGUCGUAUACCGUCAAAUGAGUUAACUAUCAAAGAGAUUCCAAAAAAAGCCGUGACGCUUUCAGUCAUGUAUUUACAUGUUUAAAUGUUUGUUAUGUUGCACACCGGUCGUGCGACAUGUGAUAAUAGAAUUCUGUUCACAGCUGUUGAAAUUAAACUGAGUGGCAAUUAGCUUGGGAGGUAGAGAUAAUAAUGUCUUUUUCCUGCGAAAUCGACGAUGCGAUCGCGGAGGAGGAUAUAUUCGCCGGAAGCGGAUAUUCGCAACAACUUCGAGAUUUUGACAGUGAAACCAUCGAGCACAAUGCACUAGCGUUGGCUGCCCAAGUUAACGACGAUACCUUUUCGCUUGCGCCCUUGAGUCAGGAUUCAUUUAACGGGCCAGAUAGCAUGCUUCAGUUACGGAGCUCGCAGGACCCGAAAGGUAAAUACCCGUUAGUGGAAGAACUCUCUACCAAUGGUGUACAUUUUUCGGUCGAACUGCCCGGUACCGAAGGAUCAGGCUGGGUGUAUUCGAACAUUGCAAAUAAACUGUUCGUUAAAAUUGAUAGCUUUUGCUCUUUCGCUGUCAAUAUGAGCCCGAAGUUGAUCGGACAAGAUUGGCAGGUGCGUGCCAUGUUGCUAUCGAGCGUACCAGACUCUUACCACGAGCCCAUCCAGCGAUGCCCCAAUCAUCGGGCGAAAGAUGACGAGAAAUACAAGGACAUAAGCAUGCAUGUAAUACGGUGCACGGACAAGCUGUCUCGUUAUGUUGGACAUGAUGGUGGGACGUUAUUCGAAGAACGCUGCGCGGUGUUAGUUCCACUGGAAAAGGACAACCAACACGUUAUGGUUACGCUGCAGUUCGUAUGCCAAAAUACGUGCUUCAAGCAGAUCCGAAAAACGGCUAUCGUAUUCACGCUCGAGGAUCCCAUCGGCUGCGUUUGGGGACGCCGAGUGUUUGCGGUGAAAAUUUGCACCAACUUUCGGCGGGACAUGCUGAACGAGGAAAAGGUGUUACGUCACGCCAAUGUGUCCAACACCCUCACAGUCCAAACUGCCGCCAAUCGGCCACGUAAACGCGCACGAGGAAAACAUGGAGGCAAAAGCGCCGAAUCAAUCGUGCCGAAAAGAGAGCGGCUCCAAAUCCAGCCGUGCACGGUAAGCCUGGAGAUGCCCAGCAUGCGAAUGGCGAAGCGGGUGCAUGAUUACGCGAUCGGAAUGAUUUCGGCGGCGGUUCUACGGGCAAAUAGCGAUGAGCAAAAGGCGCAACUGAUGGGGUACCUCGAAAGGAUACGCCAAGAUAGUCGGUCGCAUUUCAUAGGCAACAGUCAAUGUAGCAUCGAAAGCGACAUUCUAUAGCAGGCUGUGCCAAUGUCUGACAAAGAGAGAGGAAACAAUAAUUCAUCAGUAGUUUUCGUACUAAUGAUCUUUUCAUCUUUUUUAAACUGUAUUUUGAUCAUAUUUCAUUAUUGCUACAAACCAUUGCGUUUUUAUAAAGUUGACAACUCAGUGAGAGUACAAAGUGGAAAUAAGAACUAUCAAGAGCCAGUGACAUCAGUGUGGCACACGUAGGCAGUGGUACCUAAUAAGAAGAAGCUAGAGUUAAAACAUGUGGAAUGUAACCCGGUAAGACCAAUGUGCAACUUGUAACUGACGGCAAUGGCUACCUUAAGAACCACCUUUCUACUGGAGGUGUGCAUUAUACGUAAUUUAAGCAAGCAGUCCUUCACAUUUAUUUGCGUAUUACUUUCCGAAUUUAUUCACUAGAAUAUGUUGCAUUACUAUCUUAAUAGACGAAACUUAACACUAAGCUUACACAAUGAUCACCCUGUGUUAAACAGAAAACUAACGCAUAAAAUGAAGUGAAACGAAAUGUGAAGCAAUCUGAAUUGUCCCGGAAGAAAUAGUUUAAUCGAUGAAUGUUGAAUUCUUUGUUGAACUGUUGCGCGAUCUUGUGAUUGCAAUAUUUGUCUAUAAAUAAAGUUUUUUUUUGCAU